AUGCCUUUCCUCAAACGUCACGCCGACCAGGUCGAGGCCCCUCAGGAGGGUGUCAAGACCGAGGGCGAGCAGUCUGCCACCACCGGCUCCUCCGUCACCUUCAAGGCUAUUUUCCUGGGUGUCGUUGUCAGUAUUGGUGGUUUCAUGUUCGGAUAUGUCAGUGGUCAAAUCUCUGGUUUCUUCCUGAUGGAGGAUUUCGGCAGACGAUUCGGAGUCUGGAGUGAUUCCGAGCAGGCGUACGAGUUCAGCGCUUCCCGCCAAGGUACCAUUACCGGUCUCCUCCCCGUCGGUUGCUUGUGUGGAGCCUUGAUUGCCGGAAAUAUGGCCGAUACCCUGGGACGUCGUUUGACCAUCAGCAUCUCUGCUCUCUGGGCCUGCGUUGGAACCAUUAUUGAGAUCUCGUCGAAUGAUGCUUGGUACCAGUUCGCCAUUGGUCGUCUCGUUACCGGUAUCUCCAUCGGUUCCCUCAGUGUCGUCGUUCCCAUGUACCAAUCCGAGAGUGCUCCCGCCAUCAUCCGUGGUAUUCUGGUUUCGACUUACCAACUCUUCAUUACUCUUGGUAUCUGGACUGCCAACAUGGUCGACUGGGGCUGUGCCGACAAGACCAACAGCGCUUCUUGGCGUAUCCCCAACGGUCUCGGUUUCCUUUGGGCUCUUAUCCUCGGCGCCGGUGUCCUGUUGCUGCCCGAGUCCCCCCGAUAUGCCUUCAACAAGGGUAGAGAAGACGAGGCCCGUCUCACCAUUGCUGGCCUCGCUGGCGUCGACCCCAACCACCGCAUCGUCACCGACCAAAUCGCCCAGAUCCGCGCCAAGAUGGAGGAGGAGAACUCUCAGGGCAAGGCCAAGCUCACCGAGAUCUUCACUGGCCCCCGCAUGUUGUACAGAACCAUUCUCGGUGUUAUUCUCCAGGCUGGUCAGCAGCUUACCGGUGCCAACUUCUUCUUCUACUACGGAACUACCGUCUUUGCCGCGACUGGUCUCUCCAACAGCUACGUAACUCAGAUCAUUCUCGGUACCGUCAACGUCGCCUGCACCUUUGCCGGUCUCUACGUCGUUCAGAAGGUCGGCCGCCGCAAGGCUCUCAUCGCCGGUGCCGCCUGGAUGAUGAUGUGCUUCCUCAUCUACGCCUUUGUCGGCCAAUACAAGCUGGACCACAACAACCCCGCCGCCACCCCCACCGCUGGUUCCGUCCUCAUCGUCUUCUCGUGUCUCGCAAUCGCAGCCUUCGCCACAACGUGGGGUCCUAUCGUGUGGGCUGCUGUCGCUGAGAUGUACCCUCCCAGAUACCGUGCUCCCUGCAUGGCUCUGGCCACCGCGUCCAACUGGCUGUGGAACUUCAUGAUCUCGUUCUUCACCCGUUUCAUUACCGACGCCAUUGACUACUGGUACGGUCUCGUCUUCGCUGGCUGCUGUGCGGCCCUUGUUUUGAUUGUCUUCUUCUUUAUGAUUGAGACCAAGGACCGCAGCUUGGAGGAGAUUGAUACCAUGUACCUGCUCCACGUCAACCCCAUCACCUCUGCAAGCUGGGAUGGCAGCAAGGUUCCCGAUGGACUCAAGGGCGACGUUCCUUCGUCGUCUGGCAACGACGGUGGUGUUGUUGAGUCUGAGGAGAAGCCUUAA